CGAGCACGCCGAGCACGCCGCUGAGACGCCGCCAUGCAGUAACGAGACGCAAUGCGCUGCCGUUCCUGUCGAACCCUCACCACCGCCGCGCGCCCGAGAGCCGUUCGAGUCGACCGCCCGCUUGCCGCCGCCAACCCGCGACGAUGCGCCGCCACGCAGGCAUCCACAGAGGCCGGGAGCAGCCAGAAAGACACCCCGAGCAAGGACGCCCCGAGCAAGAAAGACACCCCGAGUAGCAGGAAAACCCUCAGCGUCCCCUCCGAGGCCCGCUUCAGCGAAAUCGGCGUGCAGCACCUCUCCAGCCAUGUCCACGCCCAGGUCUUCCCCGGCCGAGCCACACAACCACCCCCCGCCCUCGUCGCUCUCUCGCGCGACCACCUGACGCGCCACGACCUGCUCGGCAAGAACCAGGACUCGACGCCGCCCAUCGCCCUCGACCUGCCCGCGCUGCAGGGCGCCUCCAUGGACGAGCACUUCCACAAGCUGGGCAUGGACGCCGCCGAGCCGUUCCUGAGCAUGGCGAAGAAGCUGGCCUGGGCGAAUCCCCCGCCGAAGCCGCGCCAGUGGGUGCGCCGCAGCGGGUGGACGCGCUACAACCCCGACGGCAGCACCGAGCCCGUCGACGCCCCCAACGAGGAGAUGCUGACCUUCGACACCGAGGUCAUGUACAAGGAGACGUCGUUUGCCUGCAUGGCCUGCGCCGUCAGCCCCUCCGCCUGGUACGCCUGGGUCUCGCCGUGGCUGCUGGGCGAGUCCAAGUCCGACCGCCACUUGAUCCCCCUCGGCGACCCCACCGUCCCGCGCAUCGUCGUCGGCCACAACGUCGGCUACGACCGCGCCCGCAUCGCCGAGGAGUACGACAUCCGCCAGUCGAGCAACUGCUUCAUCGACACCAUGUCGCUGCACGUCGCCUCCAACGGCAUGUGCUCGCGCCAGCGCCCCUCGUGGAUGAAGCACAAGAAGAACAGCGACUUGCGCGACAAGAUCGCCACCUCCGAGGACAACGCCGAGCUGUCGACCCUGCUCGACGCCGGCGCCCUCCCCGACGAGGAGGAGGAGCUGUGGAUCGGCCGCAGCGCCGUCAACUCGCUGCGCGACGUCGCCAAGUUCCACUGCAACAUCACCCUCGACAAGGCCCAGCGCGAGUACUUUGGCGAGCUCGACCGCCCCGGUAUCCUCGAGAAGCUGGAAGAGCUGCUCGACUACUGCGCCGCCGAUGUCGAGGUCACCCACCGCGUCUACCAAAAAGUCUUCCCGCUGUUCAUCGAAACGUGUCCGCACCCCGUCAGCUUUGCCGCCCUGCGCUUCAUGGCCGCCGAGAUCCUGCCCGUCAACGAGACCUGGGAUGCCUACAUCCAUAACGCCGAGGCCACCUACCAGAAGCUCAACACUGCCGUCCGAGAGCGGCUCGUCGCCCUGGCCGAGAAGGCGCUGGAGGUUAAGGACCAGCCGGACGUGUACAACAGCGACCCCUGGCUGAGCCAGCUCGACUGGUCUGGCCAGGAGAUCCGCAUGGUCAAGGGCAAGAAGAAGGACGAUCCCCCGAGACCGGCAGCACGGCAGAAGAUGCCGGGCAUGCCCAAAUGGUACAAAGAUCUGUUUCCGAAGAGCGACGCGCCGAUCAAUCUUACAAUACGAACACGAGUCGCUCCAAUUUUGCUGCGGCUUGCAUGGGACGGGAAUCCGCUGACGUGGUCGGACGUGUAUGGCUGGACGUACCAGGUGCCUGCCGACGAAGUCUUUGCCUAUAAUGAGAAAGGGAUGAAGGAGCUGGACAUGAUGGAGGAGGAGAACUUGAAGCUGCGCGAUGAUCAGCAGCACGUCUACUACAAGAUCCCCCACAAGGACGGGCCUCAGGCGCGCUGCACCAACCCGCUGGCGAAGAGCUACCUCCAGUUCUUCGAAAAGGGCAAGCUGACGUCCGAGUACACGUAUGCGAAGGAAGCGCUCGAGAUGAACGCGUCGUGCUCAUACUGGAUCAGUGCGAGGGACCGCAUCAUGUCACAGAUGGCCGUCUACAGCAGUGAAGUGCCCGACACGCCCAAGCUGACGUCCGCGUCGGGCAAGGGGCGCGGGAAUAAGGUCGGCUUUAUCCUGCCGCAGAUCAUCCCCAUGGGCACCAUUACACGACGGGCCGUUGAGAACACAUGGCUGACAGCCAGCAAUGCCAAGAAGAACCGCGUCGGCUCGGAGCUCAAGUCGAUGGUCAGAGCACCACAGGGCUACUGCUUUGUCGGCGCCGACGUCGACUCGGAGGAGUUGUGGAUCGCCAGUCUUGUUGGCGACGCCACCUUCCAGCUCCACGGCGGCAACGCGGUCGGCUUCAUGACGCUGGAGGGCACCAAGGCCGCGGGGACUGAUCUGCACUCGCGCACUGCUGGUAUUCUGGGGAUAUCUCGCAACGACGCCAAGGUAUUCAACUACGGCCGCAUCUACGGCGCCGGCUUGAAAUUCGCAGCAACCCUCCUCCGCCAGUUCAACCCCGGCCUCACCGACAGCCAGACCACCGAUACCGCCAACGCGCUCUAUCAAAACACCAAAGGCAAGAAAACCACGCGGAAGCAGCUGCACGAGCGCCCCUUCUGGCGCGGCGGCACAGAGUCCCUCGUCUUCAACACCCUCGAGUCCUUCGCCGAGCAGGACCGCCCGCGCACGCCCGUCCUGGGCGCCGCCAUCACCGAGGCCCUGCAGCGCCGCUACCUGUCCAAGGGCGGCUUCAUGACCUCGCGCAUCAACUGGGCCAUCCAGUCCUCGGGCGUCGACUACCUGCACCUGCUGAUCGUCGCCAUGUCGUACCUCACCCGGCGCUACAACAUCGACGCCCGCCUCGCGCUCACCGUGCACGACGAACUACGGUAUCUGGUGAAGGAAGAGGAUAAAUACCGCGCCGCGCUCGCUCUCCAGACAGCUAACCUCUGGACCCGCGCCAUGUUCGCACAGCAGGUCGGCAUCAACGAGCUCCCGCAGUCGUGCGCGUUUUUUUCGGCUGUCGACAUCGACGCCGUCCUGCGCAAGGAAGUGGAUAUGGACUGCGUGACGCCCUCGCACGCCACGCCGCUGCCUCACGGCGAGAGCCUCGACAUGGAGGCCCUGCUCGCCAAAGGCGCCGCUGCGCGCCUCGACCCCGCUGUUGUGCCUACUGAUCCGCCACGGCCCCAGGACUAUGCGUAUACACCCCGGAUCCCGGUCAUGGCGGGCUUGGGCGCGGAUCCGGAGAGCGCGAAGGCACUGGCGUAUGUGCGCGCGCAGAUCUCGGAGUCGGACGCGGAGUUGCGGGAUGCGCUGAGGGGGCUAAGGUAUCCGGCGGAGGCGGCGCAGGUCGCGGCGAAGCCGAAGCCGAGGGCGAAACCCAAGUCGAAGCCAAAGGCGGAGACCAAGGCGGAGACGGAGGCGACGGUCCAGACGAAGGCGAAGCAGCACAGCACGUCCAAAUCCAAACCGUCCGCGUCCAAAUCCAAGGAAUCAUACGCUUCCUGGCACGCCGUCCACGACCCCGCGAAAGACACAGAGCAAGAGAAAGAUAUCUGGCACCACCUCCUCCUUCUACAACAUAAAGAGCGCGCCGGGACGGGUGCGGGGGAGGUGUUUGAGCCUAGUAGCGCUGGGGGCGCUGGUGCCGCUGGGAGGGGGAGGAGGGCUGGGAGUGGGAGUAGCAGUGGCAGUGGCAGUGGAUUGGGGAGGUGGAGCGUGCAUCCGCGGAGUACGGGGGGGAGGGUUGGGGUCGUGCGGUAG